AGGAUGCAGCAGUGAACGCGAAACAGUGACAGCAAGGUGGUAGCUUGACAAACAUCACUUUAUACCUACACACUCGCGAAUUAUUUACUUGAUGAGCGUCUGUGAGAUCGUAUAAAAAGUGUUGAUGGUGAAUAACGAGGCGUAACAUUCGAUAAUGCGUAGCGAUAGUGCUUAUUAUUUUUUGAGAUAUCUCUGCGGUAUUUUGUCGACUCUGUCGCAGUGUGUGGUAAAAAAUGCCGGAGUCAACAAGUGGUCAGCUAAAACAUUUUCAUAAUUGCCAAAUUUUGCGCGAUGGCAAAAUCCUUACGGAAGAUUUGUGGGUGAGGGAUGGCAUAAUAAUUGAUCCGGAAAAAAUCUUUUAUGACGAAAAAAUUGAGCCCGAUGUUAAGAUCGACUGCAAUGGAUGUUUGAUAUCUCCAGGCUUUAUUGACGUGCAAAUAAAUGGUGGUUUUGGAAUUGACUUUUCUCACAAUGUGGAUAAGGUAGAACAGGGAGUAACAAAUGUUGCAAAAAAACUACUUGCAUAUGGAGUUACUUCAUUUUGUCCAACUUUGGUGACUUCACCAGUAGAAACUUAUAAAAAAAUUCUUCCAAAAAUAAAAAGAACAAGUGGAGGUGAUGAUGGAGCAGCUAUUUUAGGUGUUCAUGUUGAGGGACCUUUCUUGAAUCCUCUGAAAAAAGGAGCUCAUCCAGAGUCAUGUAUUCAGAAAUUUGAAAAAGGUUUUCAAUCACUUCUUGAUGUCUAUGGAAGUCUUGAAAAUAUAUGCUACAUAACAUUAGCACCAGAAUUAGAAAAUGCUAUUGAUGUAAUUAAAGAAUUAGAAAAAAGAAAUAUUAAAAUAUCUGUUGGUCAUUCUGCAAGUGAUUUGAAGCAAGGGGAAGAAGCAGUAAAAAAUGGAGCCUCAUUUAUCACUCAUUUAUUCAAUGCAAUGCUUCCAUUUCAUCAUAGAGAUCCUGGGUUAGUAGGAUUACUCGCAUCUGAUCAGAUACCAAAAGAAAAGUCUAUACACUAUGGGAUUAUUGCUGAUGGUGUACACACACAUCCAGCUGCUUUGAGAAUAGCUCAUCGAACACAUCCAGAAGGUUUGGUGCUUGUAACUGAUGCCAUUUCAGCACUUGGUUUACAAGAUGGUGUGCAUCAAUUAGGCCAAUUUGAUAUAGAGAUUCGAGAAAGUCGUGCCUACAUUGCUGACACUAAUACUUUAUGUGGAAGCAUUGCUGACAUGGCCGAAUGUGUACGGUUCUUCAAAAAAUCUACAGGUUGCUCAGUAGUAGAGGCUUUAGAAGCUGCCACACUUCAUCCUGCUAGAUUCUUAGGCAUACAAAGUCACAAAGGAGUUCUGAAUUUUGGAGCCCAAGCUGAUUUUGUAUUUCUUGACAAAGAUUUACAUGUUAUUUCUACAUGGAUUUCUGGCCAUUGUGUACACAAGGCUUGAAAAUAUUGUUAAUAUUUACCCGAGUCUAUUUAUUAUGUUUAAGAGAUUUUUUAUUUUUUAUGAAAUAAUUCAGGCUGUGAAAAUUUGCGUAGCCAAGUUUUUAAUUAUGCAUGCUUACCAUAAAUGAUAUUAAUAGUUAAAGUAUAUUUUUAAUACUCUCAAUUAUUAACUUUUAUAUAAAUAUACAAGACAGACGCCUUUUUGUCCAUGUUGCAUUUUGUCUAUGCAAUAAAGUAAAUUUAAUAUUUUAAA